GCUGACCCCGUGCUGUGCAGUGGAGCCGAGGAAGCGGCCGCUCGAGGCCGGGAAAGGAGCGAGGGCAGAAGCGGAUAGCGGGAGUUUGUUCCUCGGCUGGGCGGCAUGGAGGAGCUGGACGUGGAGCCUGCGGUCACUUUGAUUCCAGAAGUAAAUUCUGACAAGAAACAGUUAUGUUUCGAGUGGGGACCUGGGGAGAUGCUGGUGUGUGAAACAUUGUUUGGAUCAACAGAGGGUAAAGAGAAAACGCCUGGCUGCCCCUAUGUCUACGUUGUUCGCAAAGAUCUAGAUAUAUACUCUCAGACUUUGAGGAAGCUUUUCAAUGAAUCACAUGGGAUCUUUGUUGGCCUUCAGAAGGACGAGAAGGAAAAGCUUGGGAAGUCAAGGACUGCCCAGUUGGUUCGAGUGAGCAAAAACUACCGCUCAGUCAUAAGAGCCAGCAUGGAAGAUUCUCAUCAGUUAGCUAUUUCAACACAGGACCCAGCAAUCCACAUGCAUCACAGCACUGAGGUGUCCACUUUGUCUGCGAUGGAGUUGAUCUGGAAUCUUUGUGAAAUCAUAUUCAUCGAAGCAGCACCAGCUGGUUCUCUCUUGCGCCACCUCCUUGACUGGGUUCGUCUUCAUGUGUGUGAUGUGGACAACAUGCUUUGCGAUGUUCUGAGGAGCGGAAGCCCCGCAAAACACGAAAACUUCUGGAAUGCGUUAACUAUCUUGGUGCUGCAAGGUCGGAUGGACGAUGCUCGGCAACUGCUCUCUAAGGAAGCAAACACCAAUCCCACUUCAGUGAGCAUGUGCAAAAUUUUGGACGAGUUGAUGAAGAAGAUGCCUGUUCUCUGUCCUAGCAACACCCAGACCUUGACGGAGAUGGAGCUGAAAUGGCAGCAUUGGCAUGAGGCAUGCGAACGGUUCCUAAAGGAUGGGACAUUUGCUUCUAAUCCGCACAUGGAAACCCUCUGCAAGAUCCUGGUGGGAGAUGAGAGCACCAUUUUAGAGAAGAAAGACCUCAUGACUACUUGGUACCAUUUUCUGGUAACCCGGCUGUUGUACUGCCACCCUACCGUGAAGCAUGUGGAACUCCAUCUCUACGCACAGUCGAGCCUGGACCUGUUCCUGGGAGCAGAAAGCAGCGCUGAGCCAUUAGACAUCAUCUUGCUGGCAGCCUUUGAAUUAGAUAUCCACCAAGUAAUUAAAGAAUGCAGCAUUGCCCUGAGCAACUGGUGGUUUGUUGCCCAUCUGACAGACCUGCUGGAUCACUGCAAUCUCCUCCAGUCACACAACCUUUAUUUUGGUUCCAAUAUGCGUGAAUACCUCCUGCUGGAAUAUGCUUCUGGACUCUUCUCCCAUCAUAGCCUGUGGCAGCUUGCAGUAGACUAUUUUGACCAUUGCCCAGAAUUUGGCAGAGCGUACUUGGAGCACCAUAUUGAACGGGUCCCUCUGGACACAGAGCAUAAGGCCCUCAAAAUACUAAGGAUCUGUGAGCAGAGGAUGAUGACCGAGCAAGUCCGUAGCAUCUGUAAGAUCAUGGCUAUGAAAGCCGUCCGGAACAAUCGCCUCGGCUCUGCCCUGUCCUGGAGCAUCAGAGCAAAGGAUGCUGCUUUUGCUACUCUCAUAUCAGACAGAUUUCUGAAGGAGUACUGUGAAAGAGGCUCUUUUUCAGACUUGGAUCUUAUCGACAACUUGGGACCAUCCAUGCUGCUUAGUGAUCGGCUGACAUUUCUUGGGAAAUACCGGGAAUUUCAUCGGAUGUAUGGCGAGAAGCGGUUCUGUGCAGCGGCUAAGCUGCUGUUGACAUUGAUGACAGCUCGUAUUGCUCCUUGCUCCUUCUGGAUGACCUUACUGACUGAUGCACUUCCGCUCCUGGAGCAGAAAGAGGUGAUAUUCUCUGCUGAACAGACAUACGAACUGAUGAAAUGCUUGGAAGAUGUGAUGGCAGCAGAAUCAAAAAACCAGAAGCUCCAGGAGGAUGAUGCUGAGACCAUGAAGGUGGAAAUGCUGAGAAUUGGUCUAGCACGAAACCUUGCACGAGCCAUUGUCAAAGAAGGCACAUUGGAAGAAUCAUGAGAUCACUUUAUUGGAGCAGCUCACAAACUUUGCGUCAAUUACUUACUGUACAUAUCAUGGCUGUUUUUUCUAGGAAUAAAUGUCACCUUUUGCA